AAGUGAUCCUCCCUGAGAUCCCAUCAGGGUCUGCAAGGGGAAAAAAAUCUACAAAAAUGCUGGAAGUGGAAAAGCAAAAGCACAAGUCUUGGAGGCAUCCCAAAACCUGGGCACGGGGACCACCAGUGACAGGUGAGGGACACCCCGCUCCCAGUGCAAAGCCCAAAUCCCACAGAACGCUUGGCAAAGGCACGGGACCUGCCCCGGCACGUUGGGAAGCAGAGCUCUGCCUUUGCAGCCGUGGCCAAGCAGGUUUUCCCACUCGAAGAACCCUGGGCACCCUCCUGGUGCUGGGAUUGUUCCAUGGGGGCAGCUGAGAUCCCCAAAAUCCCAUUUACUGAUCGAACACAUCCUCCUGCAGAUGUCCCCAGCUCUGUUCUCUCUUUUCGGGGUGUUCCUGGGGUGCUGCCUGUGAGGGCUGGGGGCUGCAGGGAUGUGGCUGGAAAUGCUCCCAGUUCCCACCCUGCCCCUCUCCUGCCUGGAAAAGGAGACGAAGCCACACAGAGCUUUUGAGAGGUAUCCCAGCCCCUCCUCACCCGUCCCCAAAUCCGUUUAUCCCAUCCCAGGAUAUCAGGGCAAAGUCCGGGAUGGCUCCGGGGAUGCUGCCCGCAGCCCCGCCCGGCUUUUGUCCUCAUCCCUCGAUAAUCCCCCAGCAGACACAGUGCCCCAGGGAGGUGGCAGAAAGGAACCGAGCGGAUUCUGAGACAGAGGAGAGGCCAAAAUUAAAUCCCAAAUUCCAGCAGUGGAGCCCCGGAACGGAGGGAAAAUCCACGGACAUCCCAGCGCCCGCCCGCGGCUCCCGCAGCCCCGGCGGGACCUCGGCCCCUUCGUGCUGAUGUCACGGAGCGGGGCUCGCAGCCGCCUUCCCCGGCAGGGCAGGGCAGGGCAGGGACCGGCCUCCCUCCCCCGGAUCCUCCUCCCUCGCCUCUCCUCUCCCCUCCCCGGGCCGCUGCAGCGGGGCCGGAGCCGCGGCCGCCCCGGCGGGGAGCGCUGGGCAGGUGAGCGCCGGGCAGCAGGGACAGGACCGAGGGUUGUUGCAGGGCCCGUCCAUGGAUGCCAGCAAGAAGGUGGAUCUGAAGAUCAUCAUCAUCGGAGCUCUGGGCGUGGGCAAGACCUCCCUGCUGCACCAGUACGUGCACAAGACGUUCUACGAGGAUUACCGCACCACGCUGGGCGCCAGCAUCCUCACCAAGGUCCUGGCCGUGGACAGCACCCCGCUGAAGCUGCAGGCUCGGACGGCUGCAUGCUGGCCUUCGACGUGACAGACAGGGAGUCCUUUGAGGCCCUGGACAACUGGAGAGAUGAUUUCCUGGACAAGGUCAUUCCCAGGGAGCAGGAUUUCCCCAUGGUCGUGCUGGGGAACAAGAUAGACCUCAGUGACCGGCAGGUGCCCAAGGAAACGGCCUCAGCCUGGUGCAAGGAGAAGGACAUCCCAUAUUUCGAGGUCAGCGCCAAGAACGACAUCAACGUGGCCGAGGCUUUCGAGACGCUGGCGAAGCAGGCGCUGAGCACGUACAAAGGGAUUUUUGAGAGUUAUUUAACCGACUCCAUCAAGCUGACUCCCAACGACAAGCCCAAGCAGCCCAAGCAGAGCUGCUGCUGAGCCCGGGGCCGCUGGAUCCCGGCGGCCACGGCCGGAGCCCUGCCCGCGGUCCGUGCCCGCUGCCCACCCCCGCCUGGCCACAGGGGCUGGCACAGGGCACACCGGGGGCUGCACAUGCCGGGAUCUGCUGCUUCCCACGGCUCUGGAGCUGCUCCCCCAGUCACUCAGUGCCACCCAGCCCUGGCCCCCCUCCAUCUGCUGCCCUGGCACCCGAGCGGCCACGUCCCUGCGGUGACAGUGCCAGGCAGGCGGGCAGUGCCCCCGCUGUCACCACGGGUGACCCUUCCCAGGGCACAGCCUGGUGGCCCCGCGGCUCUCAGGGUGGGUGUGGACUGGCCUGGGGGGACGACUGGGGAUGGUGGCCUUGGCACAGGGCUCUCCUGGCCACUGUGGAGGCAACUAUUCCGUGCCUCAGUUUCCCCUCUCUCACACAUAUCCCACAUCAAACACCUUCCCCCCCCCCGCCUUACUGGGGAGGAUUCUCAAAAAAGCACUUUG